AGCCACCGCCCUCAGCCCGCCCACCCUGUGGAGCUUCCACGUCUGUAUCAGAGAGUGGGGCGGGCUUUGCCGUCUCCUUCUCCUCCUAUUCCCCUCCCCUGUUAUGGCGGCGCCGGCCCUGACCUUCGUCCGGAGGCUCUGCUGGCGGCCGCUCCGCGAAAUGAGGAUCUACUAACGUUUAAGAGAAAACCAUUUAUUAAGUAAGUGGAAGAUGAAGCUCAGAGUGUACAGCUUGCGAAGUACCAAGUGAAUGAUCUUACAGGAGUGCACAGCCAUUUGUCGUGGUGUCUGGCUGCUCUGCCAAGUUGUGACUCCUCUUGCCUCUCUCCUCUGGUGGGAGCUGGCUUUUUACAGCUGGGGGAGGUUGCUGGGCCCUCACCACCCUUCCGUGGGACCUGGUACAACAAAGGCAAUCACAAGCUGUUUGCAUCCCAGCAAUUCACCUGCAUAUGACUGCAGCCACCAUGCAAGUCAGCCAGAAAGACUUUGAAAAGGCUCAAGAACAACUGAAGCUUUUGAAAAAGGAUCCUGGGAAUGAGGCUAAAUUGAAGCUCUAUGCUUUGUUUAAACAGGCUACUGAAGGUCCUUGCAAUUCUCCAAAACCAGGUAUGCUGGACUUUGUCAAGAAAGCCAAGUGGGAUGCAUGGAAUUCUCUUGGCAAUUUGUCUCAGGAUAAUGCUAGACAGAAAUAUAUUGAACUUGUUUCAAGUCUGGUCUCAGCAGAGUCUGCUGGCCAUAAGAAAGAUGUUUCUCCAGAAGAGAUCAGUGAUGGUCGCUAUGAAACAAUCCUAGUUACCACUAAAAACAAGAUGACAAAGAUCAUGUUUAACCGACCUGAUAAGAAAAAUGCCAUCAACCAUAAGAUGUACAAAGAAAUUAUCCAAGCACUUGGAGAAGCUGGAAAAGAUGAUUCGACCAUAGCAGUUAUUACUGGAAAUGGAGACUACUAUAGUAGUGGAAAUGAUUUGAAUAAUUUUACUAAAGUCCAACCCAGUGACAUGGAGAAGAUGGCUAAAGAUGGAGCAGUGUUACUCAAAGAGUUUGUGGGACAGUUUAUUGAUUUUCCUAAACCACUGAUUGCAGUGGUAAAUGGCCCUGCUAUUGGAGUCUGUGUCACAGUCCUUGCAUUGUGUGACAUUGUCUAUGCUUCCGACAGGGCCACGUUUCAGAGCCCAUUUAGUCAACUUGGACAGAGCCCAGAAGGAUGUUCCUCUUACCUGUUUCCAAAAAUCAUGGGCUUAGCCAAGGCAAGUGAGAUGUUGCUUUUCAACAAAAAGCUGACUGCAGCAGAAGCCUGUGAGGUGGGCCUUGUGACUGAAGUCUUCCCCGACAGAUCUUUUCAGAAGGAAGUUUGGGCAAGAUUAGAAGCUUAUGCAAGCCUCCCAAAAAAUUCCUUGGCAGUGUCAAAGCAGCUGUUACGAAGUGUGGAAAAGGAGAAGCUCCAUGCAAUCAACAGUAAAGAGUGUGAAGUCCUUCAGGAGAGGUGGUUAUCUGAUGAAUGUAUAAAUGCCAUUGUCAGCUUCUUUCAGAAAAAAUCAAAACUCUAAUUUUCACCAGCAGAAUAAUUCAAUUUUUGUCAAUAGCUUAAUCUACCUUAAUAAUUAAUGAGCUUUAUCUUCAAAUAAUAAUUCUUAUACCAUUUGGUAUAUAUAUCUUCUGAGUACUGGAUUAAAACUGGUUCAGGAAUUAAUACAACAUUAAGUGCCUUGGAUCCAUUAUGGAUAUUUAGGUUGGUGGAAAAAGAGUCAUUAUUUUGUAGGCAGCAGCAAUGUUUCUGAACAGUACUAAAGUAGAUUGUCUUCCAGAAGAAGCAACAGAUCCAGUAUCAUAUUUUGAUAGCUCUUCAAUAAAUGUCUCAUGAGUCUUAUUUUUAUUCAUCUGUGGGGGGGAGGAAAUAUUGUAUUAAUGAAAAAGUAAAUAAAAGUAUUUAAUUAU